CACAUUGAGACAUCUCGCAGUAACUACUCUUCUCUGUUGUUGUUGUUAUUGCUUGUCGAUCAUAAGCAGGAACGCACAAGCUAAUCCAGAAGACGGUUAUCAACCGUUACGACACCAAGAGGAAGGAAUUGGUGGCCAAUCACUUCCCAUUUGGCAGCGCCCAGUUGGACGGGUGAUUCCACCUCAAUCGAUUCAGGAGCCAAGGUUCCCAAUGGAAGAACAGCAACCACAGCUACGGCCAGAACCUGGAGAAGCGUACGGAGAGGGAAGUUGGACAUCUCAUCGGAUUGGGGUAGAAGAAACUGAAGGACCUGCAAGUGGCCAUCAGACGAGUGGAUUGAGUAGAUGCUUGGAGGGAUUGUUACGAGAUGCAGGCCAAGGAAGGACUCUAAGUUCCUCGAUCGGAUGUCGGGAAUCAGGAGACCACCUUUCGCGUAGUAUGAAUGUUUCAGAUACUGAGGAGGGACUUGAUGUUAACCAACAGUACCGUCGGAGAGGAUUGCCGAGUGGGACCAUUCGACCUAAACAGAAGGAUCAUGCUACAGAGCAUUAUUGUGACACACAGGGAAUGGUGUUGUGGGAUGAAAACGUCUACAGGUUGGGUCGGUUUGAUGAAGCCAUUAUGAGCCAGUUCGAAGGGCGAUUCUGUUCCGGAACAUAUCAUUGGAAAAUUCGAAAUUUUCAAACGCGUCGUGAAGAUGCUAUCAGCCGAGAUAUGGUAGCUCAGUUUAGUCCCCCAAUCUGCAACAGGCUUUAUGGGUACAAUUUCUGCAUGGUGAUGUAUCCUAACGGUGUCAAAAGUGGGGUUGACAGCCAUGUUGCGAUCUAUGUCCACAUGAUGCAAGGCGAAUAUGAUGACCGACUGCAAUGGCCCUUCACUGGCGUGGUAACGUUGUCAAUCUUGGAUAGAAGUGGUUCUGAAAUCCCCAAUGAUAUCACCAAAGUUCUGACUGCCUCUCCGAACCUGGUAGCAUUCCAAAAACCCGCAGCCAUUUGGAACAGCACUGGCUGUGGAUUCGAAAGAUUUGCCCCCAUUUAUGAGGUAUCCCAGCCAAAAUAUUUAAAGAACGAUACAUUGGUCGUGAAAAUGGAAAUUUCACUCCGUUAGCAUUCCUAGAUCUGGAUCUGGAAGAGGUGAUAUACAUGCGCAUGGUUCAAUCAUUCGUAAAGAGUUAAACCAUUUAUAUCACAAUGCAUCAUAUACUGCUUAAUUUAGACAAAUGCUUUCAUAGGUAAUUAGUUAACUCAGAUAUAUGCUGCUUCUGUUUGAUAAUGUGUUGCAUGUACAUGUUGAAUUAACGGUAAAUAUCAUUUUUGACGAAGUCGUCCAUUAUGGUUCGGUUUCACCGAAAUAAAUUACAGUUAAUUAUAUUAUGACGCUUUUUUGUAGUGAGGUGUUGAGGUGAUCAAUGCUUUAGUUUAAGACCAAACUGACACCUCUAUAGGAUUAAUGUAGAGAGGUUGCCUUCGUUAUUUAAAACACUGUUCUUAUCAAUAGCACCAGUUGUGUAGCAACUGAUGCUUGAAGACUCGAAGCUUAAAUGUAAAAUUAUUAGCAAGAGUUUUCCCUGAUCAAAUUUUUGAAACAUAUAUCCAAGGCGGGUGUUUAUUGAUGAAGAACAGUUAAUUAGUUCAUCCAAAUAAGUGUCUCAGUUUUAUAGGUGCUCACGCGCAUUUCCAAGGCAGUUUCAGGAGGGGAUGAUAUAUCCUCAUGUUAAGUUAAGAAAAGAAGCCUUUUUUCCUAACAAAAGACUCGCAUUAGAGUCACGUGAUAGGGCCGACGUUUUUCUGGGUUCAGCAGGAUCGUCCGAUUCCGAUUAAAUUAUCUUUUUUGAGAAUCUCCCAAAAGAGAAGUUGCGCUGAACCAACUAUUGUAGCUAUACUAAUAACUUGUACCAGGAAAGGAAGGACUUAGCUCAAGUAGCACAUAUGUAGACCUGUAUAUAUAUUAACAAUGGUUUGUUUUUCAUCAAUCCAAAGAAGGAGUCAUAGAUAAAAGUAGUGAAGUGAUAUAAGACCACUUCGAAGGGAAUGGUUCCGUUCUCUUAAAAAAGUAUCGGCAGAAAACUAACACGUGUGUUUAACAUGGAAAAAAACAUUUUAAGGAAUGUACUUUUUAUCGAUUAGGAAGUAUUUUGUACUUAAGAUAAAGUGCAGUAAGUGGAGAGAGAUUGCUGAAGUUAUGCCGAUGUAGGUUUUUAAGCUUUAAUUACUUUCAACGUGUGAGCAAUGUUUCUAUAAAUAGUUAUACUAGCUAUGGUAGAUUUAGCUUUGGAAAGGUUUUUA